GCCGCCUUCGAACGUGACCUUCACGGAGGAGACGGACACGGACGGCUGUGUCGAGAUCGACGUCGUGCUGGCAAAGAUCGGACUAGGAGGUGCCGUCACUCGCCGCGUCUAUGCGAGUAGGAUCAAGGUGGAGGCGAACGUGACGGAGAGUGGCACAGGCAUUCUACAGCAAGCUGACAUCACCAUCCCGAUCCAGAACCGCCGCGUCAGCAUCAAUAUGUACAGAGCCGCCGGCUCUACCUUCAUAAAGCCCCAACUGCCGUACUUCGGCUACGCGACGAUUAAAGACGCGGAUGACGAGCCGCUCGUGAGGGAGCGCAUCCAGGUCUGCUACACUUCUUACUUCAGAAACAGGAACGUGCCGGGGCCUCCGACACCUCUCUCGACAUUCCCGAUUGGCGGUUCGCGAGCACAGCUCGCCAGCACCUCGUACGCCCGGUUGCCCAUCAUCUGGCCCGACAUAGUGCCCUGUGAAAGGCAGCUCUAAGGUGUGCCGCGAAUACGACAGCGACAAGAACGGCCGCAUCAAGUAC